CGGCGGCUCUAGUCUUAAAUAUAUAUGUCCGGUUGAAAAAUGUGUAUCGAACUCGCGGCGAGAGAACGCGUCGCGUAUAUGGAAAUAUGAUAUGCAGAACGCAGGUUGUUCCAGCCCGUUCGUUUAAUUCCUGGGAGCCGUUCGACUAAAAGGCGGAUGUCCUCGCUGACUUACCCGUACGCGGCCACGUGGUGUCCUGUGUGCGACAAACGAGUCAGCGACAAAGGGGAAGACACGUGCACGCUCCUCGCCCAUAUUCGCAAAUCUCACCCCAAGCGCUCGUGUCAAUAUUUGCCCGAGUGUGAAAAGGAGGUGUCUAAAAAAUCGUCCAAACGUGUAAGUUCGAAGAACUCUGUCAGAACAGGCAGCAACGUCAGAACAAACGAACCAAAGAAAGUCUACGCCACCCGAGUGGACACAUGGAAGUCGCAUAAUGAGAUGAAAAUCUGUCCGAAAUGUAAAAAGGAAGCAGUCCCGACGCUUCACGCUCGCGGAGAUAAACUGACAACGUCGCAUAUCGGAGCUCUGUGCCUCUUAGGAUGCUGGCCGCUUUGCUUUGUGCCGCUGAUGAUGAAGCGUGCGAAGAAAGUUCGCAUGAUCUGCCCGUUGUGCGGAUACGUGUACGGCAGCUUUGAGUAUAAAAAUACUGGGCUAUCACCGUGCAAAACAGAAUCCGAAGAUUCGCAGGCGAGACUGUCAUCCACACCGAUCAGUUUUCGAUUGCAAACAGUGAACGAAGAUUGAACAUUCGUGAUACAAAAAUAACAAAGAACGAAUAAACCCCGUCAAAUUCUGAAGUAUUUUUGUUCUUUAACUUUAAUAAAAUAUGAAUUAAAAGAAGGCA